AUGGCACAACAGUUUUUUUUUGUCCAGGGAACAAGUGAAGGAAAGACGUAUGUUAUGUGGCCAAAUUGUCGACAGAAGGAUCGCCUAAACGAGCUUCUGGAAAAUGAAGCAAGUGUUCCUUCCAAUUUUGGGGAAAGAAUUAUGUGUAAAGUGAAGCGCGAAUAUACUUCUACAUACGCCGAAACGGGCAGCAUAAUUCAGAAUAUGUGCUACGCAGUAUGUACUACUUCAGCCAAACUAGAUAUACUUACAGUCAAAACAAUAGUUCCCACAACGUUGCGCCGUGUGAAAAACAACAUAGGGUUCGAAAUGAUUACCAAUGAACAAGAAUUAGGUAUGUUUGAAAGCAAUUUAAAUGAUGUUAAAUAUUUUAAUGAAAUUUCUGCUUGGUUGGAAGACAAUAUUUUUGAAAACACUCCCGAGAACCGUAUGAUAGAAAUUUUAGACUUGCUUUUUUCUAAACAAUUUUUACCAAAAUGCAGUUGGACAGGUAUCAGUAAAGGUGGAGUAAAGCUGUCAAUGAUGACGUAUAGAAAUAUUCUCGAAGUAGUAAGAAUUCAUGGUAGCACGAGCGAUAUUUCAAUAACAAAAAAAGAUAUAGCGCGGUUCUUUAUGAAAAAAUUGAAAAAAUGCGGCACACAGCAUAAAUUUAAUUAA